AUGAAUAGCGGCGGCAACGGUAGCAGCGACGGAGGCGGCGGCGCAGUGAGUGGCGAGGCUCGGCGCGGCGUGUGCAACGUGGGGUUCGCCGUGGAGGAGCUGCACGCCAUGAGCUCCAACGACCUCAUGGCGCUCGUGCAGCACGCGCUGCGCGAUGCCCCGCCACGUCAGACUGAUAGCUUGCCACGUCAGCGGAAGCCGCCGGUGGACUUCCCGCCCAUUCGCUUGUGGGACAGGCGCCGCGGCGUGGAUCUGCCUCUCCUCGCAGCAUCGCUGCCUCUCCACCUCCUCUCCUGCGCCGCCCUCGCCCUCCAACACGCCCGCUCGCCCUCCCCUCCUCCCCCCAACGCUCCCGCACGCACUCCCGCCUCUCCUCCUCCAACAACUGCUCCCGCACACACCCCCCCCUCUCCUCGCCCCUCUGCCAUCCGUCCCUGCCACUCUCACGACGACCUCCCUCGGGCCAAGCGGGCGAGGCUGGACGAGGCGGAGGGGCGGGCAGAAGGGGGGCACCGGGAGGUGGUGGUGGGGGGAGGGGAGGGAGUGGGGGUGGCUGGAGGCGGGAUUGAAGGGGGCGGGAUUGAAGGGGGCGGGAUUGGGAUAGGCAAGAUGGAGGGGUGUAUUGGAGAUUCAGAGCAGGGGAGGAGGCAAGGAGGGGAGCAGAGUGAGGAGAAGGGAGGGAAGCAGGGUGGGGAGCGGGCAUGGGGGCAGGCACAGCACGAAGGGAGUGUGGUUGUGGGUGAAGGGAAGGCAGCAGGGCGUAUGAUGGGAGGGGCGGGAAUGGGAGGGGCGGGAGAAGCGAUGGCGGAGGGUGAGAGCAAGGAGGGGCGUGCAGGCGAGGGUGAGAGCGAGAGGAAGGAGGGGCCGUGCGGUGGGAGAGAGGAUACGGCAGUACCUGCUGCUGUUACCGAUGAUGUGACAGGAGGUGGUGCUGCCAAAGAUGAAACGGGAGGUGGUGCUGCCAAAGAUGAAACGGGAGGUGGUGCUGCGAAAGAUAAAACGGGAGGUGGUGCUGCAAAAGAUAAAACGGGAGGUGGUGCUGCGAAAGAUAAAACGGGAGGUGGUGCUGCGAAAGAUAAAACGGGAGGUGGUGCUGCGAAAGAUGAAACGGGAGGUGGUGCUGCAAAAGAUGAAACGGGAGGUGGUGCUGCCAAAGAUGAAGGUGGUUCUGCCAAAGAUGAAACCGGAGGUGGUGCUGCCAAAGAUGAAACGGCAGGUGGUGCUGCUCAAGAUGAAACGGGAGGUGGUGCUGCCAAAGAUGAAACGGGAGGUGGUGCUGCCAAAGAUGAAACGGGAGGUGGUGCUGCCAAAGAUGAAACGGGAGGUGGUGCUGCCAAAGAUGAAACGGGAGGUGGUGCUGCCAAAGAUGAAACGGGAGGUGGUGCUGCCAAAGAUGAAACGGGAGGUGGUGCUGCCAAAGAUGAAACGGGAGGUGGUGCUGCCAAAGAUGAAACGGGAGCUCCUGCUGCUGAUGUGAAAGAUCUAACGUCUGCUGCUACUGCAUCUGCAACAGCAGAACCUUCCGCCGUGGUUUGUGCUGACACAGACGCUACCACCCACACUGCUCUCACCACUGCUGCAUCCCCCACUGCUACAGCCCUCACUGCUACAGCCUUCCCAUCCCUUCCUCCCCCAAGCAUGCUCGCCUCCCCUCCUCUCCCUCCUCAAUCUAGCCCCUCCCCCCCACCCACCAACCUGACCCAGACAUCCGCACUGCAACCAACCGCACCCCGACCAUUGACGCCCCACCCAACCGCCGCACAAACAUCUCCACCUCACCCAAUCACGCCGUACUCAAGGCCAUCCACCAAUGGCUCCUCCCGGCCUCCUCUGUGCAGCAGCGCGCCCCUGGCAGUGACCAUCCGGCACGGGGCGAGGGUGGCGAGAGUGGCGUGGUGGGGGCAGCAGCAGGGCGGGCACGCGCACGUCCCAGGCACUGGUGGUGGUGAUGCACGUCAAGGGGUUGCUGAGGGUAGUGGGGGCGACGGCAGUGGAGAGAAGGGGAGAGAGGGUGGGGGUGGCGUGGGGAGUGUUGAGGGCGAGAAAGGUGGGCAUGGGGAGGGGGGAGGGGGUGAUAGGGCGGGUGAGAGGGAGGAUGUGAGAUCUGGUGUGCAGUGCGGAGAUCGAGAGGGGCGGGGAGGUGAGGAGGAGGAGAAGGGUGGGCUGGAGGCAGGGCCGAGGGGGAGGAUGGAAGGGAAGGUAGAAGUGGAAGCAGGCAGGGAGAGGAAGAUGCAGGAGGGUGCAGAGGUGCAGGGGAGGGCUGUUGAAGGGGUGAGUGGUGUGACUGUAAAAGAUGGUGUUUUCACCAUCAGCAGCAACAGCACAGCGACAAUAGGGGAGCAGUGCGGGCUGGCAUCUGAGGAUGGGCUGGCAGGCGAGGGGGGUGGGGAGCUGUGGCUGACGCACGUGGCCAAGGGGGUGCGCCUGCUGCACUCGCUGUGCGACCUCGCUAACCACAUGCCGCGCCUGCACCAGGUGCUCCUGGUGAGCACAAGUGUGCGGCGCCACAUGCUGGACCUGGUUGUGCUGCUCACCCUCGCCCUCGCUGCACCACCGCACCCGGGCAACCUACACUUGCUCGUGCCUAUCCCAAAUUCUCAUUGUCCCAUUUUCAACCCUCGUCAUCCCAUACGCCCGCGGCAGCUGUCUGCUGGAGGGAGCAGGGGCAGCGGAGGGCAAUGCAAGACCAGCAGGGAUGACGAUGGUGGUGGCAGAGUGGAGGCAGCAGCAGCAGCAGCAGCAGCAGGAGGAGGAGGCAAGGGAGUAGGAGGGUGCGAGCAGGGACAGGUGGCAGGCCGUGGUGCUGCUGCCACGAGCGCUGAUGGUGCUGGCGGUGUUGGCGGUGCUAACACCCACAAGGCUGCUCCUGAUGGUAGCGGAGGGCAGGGGGGUGAGGGGUCAGCUGCUGCGAGGGAAGGCGAAGCAGGCACAGGCAACAAGUGUGGGGAGGGCACUGGCGAGGGUGCACAGGGUGGCAGUCGUGGCACGCAGGAGGCAAGAGGCGUGGAUGCAGUGACGAGUGCAGGUGGUGAAGCGAGGGCAGGUGAGGCAGUGAGGGCAGAUGGCGCGGCGGGCAAGGGUGAUGAGGCAUGCACGAUGGGGGGGGAGACGGGAGGGGAGAACGGUGGAGAGAGGGAGGCAGCAUCGGGGGAUGCAGCAAUUAAAGAUGCAGCAGUGGGGGAGGCGGCAGUGGGGGAGGCGGCAGUGGGGGAGGCGGCAGUGGGGGGAGCAGCACUGUAUGCGGGCACGGUGGCAUCGUGCUUGUACCUGCUGCCCGCCUUCGUCACCCCCGACUGGAUCGACACUUGCUCCGUGCUCGCCCUGCACCCCCUGGUGGGGGCCUUCCUGCCAGCGGCCUUCUCAGCCGUCACCACCGCCUUCCUCCUGCUGCACUCCCUGCUCUCGCCCUCCCUUGCCGCCUUCACACGUGCGGGCAGGGGGGUGGUUCGAGGGAGGGAUGUGGGGAGGGAUGUGGGGAGGGAUGUGGGGAGGGAUGUGGGGAAGGAUGGGGGGAAGGAUGGGGGGAAGGAUGAGGGGCGCAAUGGGGGAAGGGACGUGGAGUGGGGCUCGGUGCAGGGGGUGGUGAGGCAGUGCGAGGCGGCUCUGCAGGUGCUGCACGUGCUGUGCCGCACUGAUGGGCUGGGUGCCCUUGUCAUGCACCACCAGGUGCGCCUUCCCUUUGCAUGUGUUACGACGCACCAGAUCCUCUCUCUCCUACACGACACGGCCAUUGCCAACGUUGAUCUCACAGCUCGCCUCCUCGCCCACCCCACACCCGCCUUCUCCUCCUUCUCUUCCCCUCACGCAUCUCUCCCCUGCGGGCGGCUGAGUGUGAACGUGCUGCGGGCGGCGGAAGUGCUGUCAGACGACUCCAGCUUCCGCCCCUUCUUCAUGCUGCAUGCCGCGCCCCUGCUAGUGCGUCUGCUCGCCCCCCCCUCCCCUGCCUUCGCAUCGCGAUGGCUGCACGGCCCACUCACACGCGCCCUUGCCGCCCGUGAGGCUGACGCCUUUGUCCUCUUCCGCCCCUUCCCCUCCCUCGGCCUCGCCCUCCAUCUCACCCACUCACGCUUGCACAGCCUCAACCGCUCCACCUCACCCUUGCACCGCCCCUCUGCGGUCGCUCCUGCUGUGCCCGGCCAUGGGGAGGAGAAUAGGAAGGCGGGUGAAGGGGUGGGGAGUGGCAAAUGUGGGUUGAACGCUGUUGAGGAUUCGACGGAGACGCUUUCUUCUGGCCCGUUCUCGUUUUCUGAGGGAGGGCUUGUGGCUGUAACGAGGGCAGCUUAUAAGGAGGCAGCUGGGUCGAAAAGCCGCAGUGGCAGCAGGGGCGAGAGAGGGAGGGGGGUUGGUGUGGGAGAUGGCACAAGUGUUGGGAAGCUUCGAGGAAACUUUCAGUUUUGCCGAGUUGAUGAACAGAUGGCGGGAAGGAAGAGAAAGAAGGAGGAGAGCGAGAACGAGAGAGAGAAACGGAAGCGAGGGAGUGAGGGAGGGAAGGAAGAGAGUGACUGGGCGGAGGGAGUGAUCUGGUUGGAGGGAGGGGACGGCGGGACAGCAGUGGAGGCAGACGGAGUGAGUGGGUGGACGUCGAAUGGGGCAGCAGCGAAGGUGCAGGGAGGAGGGAGGAGUGGGGUCGAAAGGGGAGGGGGGGAAGAGGGUGGAGGUGCGGGUGGAGGUGCCAGGGGCGAGGGCGGGGUGGGGAGUGGGUGGCAGAGCGUGGUGCUGCUGGUGAAGCUCUUUGCCAAUCUGCACUGCUUUGACCCCAACCUCUGCCCUCGCGAGCAGCACCACCAGUUCCUCAACCUCGUUGUCGCUGCCAUCCGCCACCAGGGACCCUUGCAGGCCGCACCUGGGGAGGGGGCAGCUGGGGCGGGGGCAGCUGGGGCGGGGGCAGCUGGGGAGGGGGCAGCGGGGCUGGGCGAGUUUAGGCGCAAAUUAGUGGCGGUGGCUCCCCAGCUGGGUGAUGAGGGGCUCGAGGAAUGGCGUUCAUCACGGUGCCUGCUCAUGGGGGCAGCAGAGGAGGAUGACGUGGGGGUUUGUGGAAGGAGGAGAGAUGGUCAGUCACCAGAUUCGCUCAUAGAGUUCGCUGCCACCAUGCCAGCAACCCAUGUCAGCGAUGAUGACGUCAUCCUCAUCAGUCAGUUCGCCAGUGCCCUGCACACCGCCAUCUGCCCCCACCCGCCGCCUCACCAGCACGAGGAUGCGGGGGUGAGGGCAGUGGGGGAGCGGCACGGGGCAUGGCUGGCGGCACUGCAGGGGAGGUGGGACGGGCAGGAGCGGUGGCAGCGACUGCAGCCGGCAUGUGAGGAGGAGGAUGGCGGGGAUGGGGGUGUGGAAGAGGCAUAA